GGGCGGCGAUUAGGGCCGAGGCACCCGGCUGGGCGCCGUUAAAGGGCGGCGGCGGCCCGGCUCGGCCCCGGGGCGAGCGCGGCAUGGCUGGGACGACGGGCGACGGCGAGCUGCGGCGCCUGCUGAAGCGGCACCGCACCGAGAUCGCCAUGGCCGUGGACGACGUCUUCCCGCUGCUGCAUGGCCUGGCCGACCACGACGUCGUCACCGAGCACGCGUUCAGGGAGACGCUGAGCCGGACGGAGCGGGAGGGCUGCCACCGGGCUUUCCACGCCUUGCUCACCUGGCUCCUGGGCCGGGACGCCGGCGCCAUCCGCGACUUCUGGGCCGUCCUCUUCAAGGACUACAACCUGCGGCGCUACGCGGGGCUCCAGCCCCUCCGCGGCGCCUUCCCCCGAGGCGCGGGCAGCGGGGCCGGCGGCACGGCCGCGCCGCCGGCCCCGCGCCCGCCCCACGGCAAGAGGAAAGCCCCCGAGGAGCGGCACGGCGGGGCCCCGGCGGCCCAGCUCUCGCCGCGGCGCGACGCCGGCCCCGGGCCCCCGGCACCGAGGGCCGUCGUGGCGCCCGGUGAGGGCGUCCCUGUCCAGCAGGGCCCGGAGGCAGAGCGGCGAGCCCCGCGGCCACCCCCGCGCCCGGCGCCCGGCGCCCCACCAGGUGAGAGCGGCCCCCCGCCACGGCGGCCAGGGCGCCCGUGGCGGCGGCGGCCUCCCUCGCUGCCCUCUCCCUCCCUCCCUCCCUCCCGCCUGCCCGCCCGCCGGCGGCAGCAGAACGAGGACGAGUGUGCGGCGUGCGGCGACGGCGGCGAGCUCCUCUGCUGCGACGGCUGCCCCAAGGCUUUCCACCUGGGCUGCCUCGUGCCCCCGCUCACCGAGGUCCCCAGCGGGACGUGGCGCUGCCUCUCCUGCGCCGCCGGCCAGGCGCAGCCCCGCGGGCGCCGGGACCCGCGCCGGGACGCGGAGCCGCCCGCCGGCACCCAGGAGCCAGCAGCGGGCGGCACGUGCGGCGUCUGCGGGGCCGGAGGCGACGUGAGCUACUGUGGGCGCUGCCUGGCAGCUUUCCACCCGUGCUGCCGCUUCCCCACGCGCGGCAGCCCUGCGGGGGGGCUCUUGCUCUGCAAGUCCUGUGCUGGUGGCCCAGAAACGGCCAACUUGGAGGGAGCCACAGUCGCUGGAGACCACCAGCUACAGGUGGCAAAGUCUCUGCAGGCGGAUGAUGAGCAUGGCAGCGACCCUGUCCUGAGCAAGGAGGAGCUCGACUCGCUGCUGGGCGAGAGCUCCUGGGACGGGAUCCUGCAGUGGGCAUUGCACAGCAUGGCACGGCCCCACGCGGAUGCCCACGGGCUCUUUACGUAGCACCCCGGUGUCUGGGACUACGCAGGCCGAAGGGUCCGCGUCGCAGGGUGCCCUGGCGCUACAGACCAGGAGAGAGGCAUGAGCGGGCUGUGCAUAAGGAGGGAGCACCGACAACACUGCGUAUGCGCAAAAGUGCACAUAGCUCUUCUGAGAGGGAAAAAGGAUUA